GUCUGCUUGCUGCGUCUGCGGCCUCGCACACAUUGUAUUAUUGUUUACACGGAGCUGGUGUUGGUGAGCUCGUACACUGCGCGGGGGCACUCUGCAUGCCGUGGAUUUGACUGUCUGUCUCAUUUUACAUUGAAGAUUUUUUUUAUCCUGGAAUCAUUAUCCACAGAAUUUAAUCUGUGAUGCGAUUUUUGGCUCUGCCUGAUGGAUGCACAGAAAGAAAGUUCAGAAGAUACAGAUAAAGCCCAAGACCGAGGAGUUUGCAAUGUUUGGCCUGUCGGUUCAUCUCCUGUAACGCCAGAGAGGCUCCCUGGCAUUGGGCACAAAACAGUGUUACAAGCCAGCCUUGGGAUAAAUCAUGGAAUUCUCCUGACGAGUGAAGGUGAAGUCUUUAGCUACGGGAAGCAGCCAUGGAAGGAUGGUCCCACUUGCGAAAUGCCGACACUAGAGACAGCUCUAGACGGGCAGCAUGUUAUUUGUGUAGCUGCAGGCAGCUACCACAAUGGAGCAGUAACAGACAGUGGUAUGGUUUAUAUGUGGGGGGAAAACACUGCAGGACAAUGUGCAGUAGCCAACUCUCCCUCUGUUCCAGAACCUACUGCUAUCACUAUAGCUGAUCAGGAAACAAGCCCCCCGCUGUGGGUGAGGGUUAUGCAGCUCUCAUGUGGAGAGGAGCACACACUUGCACUGUCAAAAAACCGUGAGAUAUGGGCAUGGGGUAGUGGGUGCCAACUCGGACUGCUAACCUCCUCAUUCCCAGUGACCAAGCCACAAAAGGUAGAACACCUGGCUGGGCGAGUGGUGCUGCAGGUUGUGUGUGGAGCAUUUCACAGCUUGGCCCUUGUUCAGUGCCCCCUUUCUAAGGAACUAAAGCCUGUGCCGGAAAGAUGCAACCACUGCAGUCAGUUGCUUAUUACCAUGACAGACAAGGAAGACCAUGUUAUCAUUUCUGAUGCUCAUUGCUGCCCUCUGGGGAUUAUGCUUCCGGAUUCUGAACUUGACCUUCAUGCAAGUCAAUCUUCUCGAAAUUCUGUUCUUCAAAGUUUAAGAAAAGGCCACAAAGAAAAGAAAGCUACAUCUACACUACAGACCACAUCAAAGUCUGCUACAGAAACCACUAGCCUCUUAAAUACUGAGGUUGAAAGCUCUGACUUGGUCAGUGCAAGUUCAUUGCAUACUGAUGGUGACCUACUUCCAAAAGAGACUUAUCCAAAGAAUGAUGUUACAGAGGCUUCACAGACAGACGAGCAGAAGCCACAGAGUGAGCCAACAGAUUCCCUUUUAAGUCCAACCCCUACCGCGACAUCGGCUCUCAACAGCCUUGUGGUGUCUUGUGCCUCUGCUGUGGGUGUGAGAGUAGCUGCUACGUGUGAGGCUGGAGCUCAGUCUCUAAAAAAAGUAAUCAAUUUGUAUUCUGGAACUCUGAGUGAUGUAGCAGCUCAGGCUGCUGUUGGCUGCCUUGUCCAAGAUGGAUUGAAGGACAGUAGAGAAGAGCAGGUGAGACUGGAGUCCAUGCAAGGCAAGAAGAGCUCCAGCCUUGUGGAUAUUAGAGAGGAAGAAGCAGAAGCAGGGAACAGACGUCUCUCUCUGCCAGGUCUGCUGUCUCAAGUUUCUCCAAGGCUUCUGAGGAAAGCAGGACGGGCAAGGAUGAGAACAAUAGCUUUGACUCCCACAAGCAGUGGAGAGGCCGAUGUGCUUUUGCCCUGCUUAAGAACUGAGGUCUGGAGCUGGGGAAGAGGCAAGGAGGGGCAGCUUGGCCAUGGAGAUGUCUUGCCCAGGCUGCAGCCUUUAGGAGUACGGAGCCUGGAUGGCAAAGAAGUAGUUCAUUUAGCAGCUGGUGGUCAUCAUUCUAUAGCUGUCACUGCCAGAUCUCAGGUGUUUACAUGGGGUAGCAACUCCUCAGGCCAGCUUGGUCACUCACAAUCUCCAGCAACAAUGCCUCGUCUGGCUAAGGUAUGUGAAGGUGAUGGAGUAUGGGCUGCAGCUGCAGGGCAAUAUCAUUCUUUGUUUGUGGCUCAUGGGAUGAAAGAUUUUCGGCCUGCUGUUUAUUACAGUGGUCCACAAACUGAAAUGGAUCCCACUCAAUCUGAUGGCGUCCCAAACCCAGUGCUUCUUGGAGAGUGUAGCAAGCUUGGGUACAUCAGCAGCAUCUCAGCAGGAUCACACACCUGCUUAGCCUUAGUGGACCAGAAUAUGAUGGGAUAUAUUGGAAGUCUUCAUGAGCUUGCAGCCACAGAGAUACGUUUUUACUGCCACCUGAGUGAUGUGAAAUCUCAAAUACUCAGACCACUCCUAGGAUUAGACAAUUUUGGUCCUGUGGCUACUCUUCAGUUGCUUCAGGAUAUGGCAACCAAGUUUAGCAAACUGUGCUACCUGAUUGGACAGCAUGGGACGUCUUUGAGCAAUUUCCUUCAUGGAUCCAAAGCUGCCCUAAAUCUUUCUGUUUUGGAACACUCAAGUCUCUUUCUAGACAGCUAUACAGAUUACUGCACCUCUUUCACCAAUUUCCUGGCUAUGGGAGGAUUUUCACUUCUCUCCAAGACAGCCAUGGAUUUCUUCAGCAGGAACCAGGAUCUAUUGCUGAGUCUUUGUGGGAGUAAGGAGGAGAACAGCUCACUGACUGAGAUUCUCAACACUCUUUUCUACUUGCCAGUGGGCAGACUGCUUGAAUACUCCAGGCUUUUGCUCAAACUGGCCACAUGUUUCGAAGUGUCCUCUCCAGAGUAUAAGAGGCUGCAAGAUUCCAGCUCUACCUAUGAAUCUUUGGCUAUGCUCCUGAGUAGGAAGAGGAAGGAGGCAGAGUACACUCUAAGCAUCUGGAAGACCUUUCCUGGCAAAAUGACGGAUUCUCUAAGGAAGCCAGAGAGGCGUUUGAUUUGUGAGAGCAGUAAUAAAGGCCUGUCCCUGCAGAAUGCUGGACGCUUCUCUGUUAAUUGGUUCAUGUUAUUUAAUGAUGCAUUGGUGCACGCACAGUUUUCUACACAUCAUAUAUUUCCUCUGUCAACUCUCUGGGUGGAGCCUCUUUCUGAAGAAGUUAAUGGCGUCAAUGGAUUGAAGAUAACUACCCCAGAGGAGCAAUUAACAUUGAUUGCAUCAACUCCACAUGAAAAGACUAAGUGGCUUCGGGCAAUUAGUCAGGCAGUGGAUCAGGCCUUGAAAGGUAUUUCAGAGUCUCCCCCUCCCUCAGGAGGAAGCAUUCAUAUACAGGAACCCCCAAUGUCACGCAGUGCCAAGUACACAUUUUAUAAAGACCCACGACUGAAAGAUGCUACUUACAAAGGGCGUUGGUCGUCUGGGAAACCACAUGGAAGAGGAGUGAUGAUCUGGCCAGAUGGUAGACAAUACUCAGGCACUUUUCGGAAUGGCCUGGAAGAUGGAUACGGAGAAUGUGACAUCCCAAACAAAGCAUUGAAUAAGAACGAUCGCUAUCUGGGACAUUGGAAAGAUGGUAAAAUGUGUGGCCAAGGAACAUACUGGUAUGCUAAUAGUGAUGUUUAUGAAGGUUGUUUUCAGGACAACUCACGACAUGGUCAUGGACUCCUGCGUAGUGGAAAACUGACCUCUACCUCACCAAGCAUGUUUAUUGGUCAGUGGGUAAUGGAUAAAAAGACUGGCUAUGGUGUAUUUGAUGACAUAACCAGGGGUGAGAAAUUCAUGGGUAUGUGGCAUGAUGAUCUCAGACAGGGCAAUGGGCUUGUUGUGACCCAGUUUGGCCUUUACUAUGAAGGAGUCUUCUACCUCAAUAAGAUGAUGGGAUGUGGAGUUCUUCUGUCAGAAGAUGACACUGUAUAUGAAGGAGAGUUCUCAGAUGACUGGACAUUAAAUGGAAAGGGUGUGCUUACUAUGCCAAAUGGAGACUGCAUUGAAGGUAUUUUCAAUGGUGUGUGGGGAUCUGGAAUUAAAGUCACAGGCACAUACUUGAAACCAAGCUUGUAUGAUGGUGAGAAGGAAGCAGCUCAAAACCUGAAGUUGGGCCGAUUGUCUGUGCCAGCUGACGACAAGUGGAAGGCAGUGUUUGAUGAGUGCUGGAGUCAGCUUGGUUGUGAGGUUCCUGGUCAGGGAGAUCCAAAGAAGGCGUGGGAAAACAUAGCUGUGGCACUGACCACAAACAGGCGGCAGCAAAGAGAUAGUCCUGAGUCUAUGAGCCGUUCACACACGCAGACAUUGGAGAGCUUGGAACACAUUCCACAACACAGCGGCCCCUUUACCCUGGAUAAAUAUGAGAAGAUAAAAUAUUAUCUUAUAAAUGCCUGUGAGACCCCGAUGCAUCAGCUUGGCAGACUAAUAGAGACCCUGGUGGCAGUGUAUAGAAUGACUUAUGUAGGGGUAGGAGCCAACCGAAGGCUUCUGCAGGAGGCAGUGAGGGAGAUAAAGUCUUAUCUGAAGCGACUUUUCCAGAUUGUGAGGUUUCUAUUCCCUGAUCUCCCUGAAGAGGGCAGUUCAAUUCAGGCAUCACUAUCCGCAAAAGACUCUCAAGAAAAGCGUCCCAUCUGCAACGGAAGAAGAGAUUUUGGGGCUGAAUCUCCUGAACCAGGGUAUGUAGUGACAAGCUCUGGUUUGCUGCUGCCUGUGCUUUUACCCCGUCUGUACCCUCCACUGUUCAUGCUAUAUGCUCUGGAGCAUGAAAAAGAGGAAGACGCUUACUGGGACUGUGUUCUUCGUUUGAACAAGCAGACUGACAUGGCACUCCUUGUCUUUCUGGGGGUGCAGAACAAAUUCUGGCCUAUAGUGGAUAAUUUCCUUAAUGAAAACCAGAAGGGCUUGGAAAGUGCAAAGGAUGUCUGCUUUGCCUCAGCAGUGGAGUGUUUGCAGCAGAUCAGCACAACAUUUACACCAUCAGACAAACUGAAAGUUAUUCAACAGACAUUUGAGGAGAUCACCCAGGAAGUGCAAGGGGCUCUUAAGGAGGACUUUCUCUGGUCCAUGGAUGACCUGUUCCCUGUCUUCCUUUAUGUUGUUCUUCGGGCUAGAAUACGGAAUCUUGGUUCUGAGGUGCAUCUGAUAGAAGACCUAAUGGAUCCUUACCUACAACAUGGAGAACAGGGGAUUAUGUUCACCACUUUGAAGGCUUGCUAUUAUCAGAUUCAGCACGAGAAGCUCCAUUAGCUUUGCUGCAAGAGCAGAGGAACAACAAAUGAGUUGUCUUGCUGUUGUGCUGUCUGGACCAUUCAUACCUACAGGGAGAUCACUGCAUUAUACAGGAUGUUGGCACUUAAUCCAGUUAAGGUGUAUUUUGGAAGCAAGAGUUCUGGCUUUUUAGUAAGCUGUGCGCAUCUGUGGAAAUCAUAUGACAGAGCACUGAAAACUUCAUUUAGUUUAGAGGGAUUUUUUUUUUACAGAUAAAAUGUAAACCCCGUCAUUUUCUAACUGUUUUUACUGGAUCAAUUAUUGAAAUGGAAAAUUUUACAUUGAAUUUGAAUGUAAAUAAUCUGAAUAUUCUACCAACAUCAGUAUUUGGAACAUCAGUUCCACUGCUGCUCAGCCAAACGUAUACUCAUUAUUGACAUAAGUGAACAGUGUGUGUGGAUAGUUGGUUACAAGAAGUAAUUGAGACCCCAGUACUAUCAGCGGCUCACUGGAGAGACCAGAUUCCCAAGAAAAUCUUGCAACUGGAUAACCGCUGGAAGAAGUGAAGACUAACCUUGGUAUAAUAAAGCUUGUGUACAAUAGGUGUAUUAAUAACCAGGGCAUCUAUGUGCUGACAAAAUGUAUACUAACUGUAUAUGUUUGUUAUGUAAAGCUAUUUCCAUAUUUUGCUUAUUCUUGUUUAAUGAUCAUUGGCAAAGGAUGUGUUUUUUUAUUAUUUAUAAAUUGUCCCCUGCUUAAAAAUAUAAUAGGGCAUACAUAGUUUUAACCCUUCUAAGCAUUAUUCAAAAUAAGUUCAUUAAAUUACAUUAUAGCUCUUUUAUCAGCAAUCUUAUAGGAAAUGAGGUGCUAUAUUAAAAACAUUGUAGUUCUGAAAACAUCUUGGUUAGAAUGCAGAAUGUUACCUGUUUGUGUAGAACUUUACAUAUGGCAGGAAUUAGCAAAUAUGUAUCAAACGUAGGCAUCAGCUGGCAAUCUGUGGUGCCACCAACACUCUUUAACACUCUUUAAGGCAGACAAUAGUUUUUUUUAUAUAUAUGUAUAAUAAUUUUUAAAAAAACUGCUAAAGUUAAAAUUUUAGGAGCGUUGGUUCCUGGGAUUUGUCAAGUAUGGAUGUAGGGUUUAAAAUCCAUUUAAAAAUGUGUUUGAAAGAAAUACCUAUGUAUACAGAAUCAGAUAUAUGUUUGCACAUUUGUAAAUGUUUACAUAUUUUUAUGUACAUAGGAUAUCAACAUAUAUUAUUUAUCGAUCCCUUUGAUUAACAGAGAAAUAAGAUCACAUGGAUCAUUAUUUAAAACAAAAUGGAAAACAAAGAUAGUAGCCACUAAUGAAUUUGGUGUCUGCACAGCGUCCGUGUAGAUUUGCAUCUCUGUGCAUAUGGCAAUAAACAAAUUCUGGUGGCAAUAAUCCUGAGAUGUUUUUGUUACUUAUAAACCAUAUUGUGUAUUAAUACUCUAGCAGGCACAGUAACUGUUCCCUUGAAAGGUCCUUUUUACUGACAUUGGCUGGUCCCCAGACUGACCAGCUAAAGGAUAUUAAACCCAUAGAGGUUAAAUUGUAUAGGUGAAUGGGUCAAUAUAAACACACAGUUCUGAGCUGCUUACUAAUGUAAACAGACAAUAGAAGUAUUAAUUGAAUAUCACAAAAUGCUGUGUUAGCUACUGAAGACCCUCAUCACAGAUUUCUAUCAUUAGGUUUGGCCUAUGACAAUAACUGGAAUAGUCUAAUCUCUACAUUCUUUAAUGGGAUUCUUCAUACUAAUGAAUAAAAGGUGUUUUUAAAGCCAGUUUAGUAUGACACUCAUAAAUCAUUACCAACAAAAAAUGUUGUAAGUUUUGAGCAACCAAGCCUUUCCUAGGCAUCUGCAAGCAAUUGAAAAAAAAAUCAUAUGCUCAAUUGUAAAUGGUCACAAUUAAGCUAGGUGGUGGCACGUGACAAGUCCCAUCAUACAUAUUUAUAUUUUAAAAGCCCUAUUGGAUAUUAAAGGCCAGUGUUAUAGGGUUGCUGUAUAUUUUUCAACUGUUGUACAAUACAUACUCUAAUUUAAAUGAAAAACAAAUCUCUAAGACAGAAAUAACAAUAAGUGAGACCUCAUGCUUGGCUAGAAAACAUGUUUGUAAAAUAUAAAUUGUUGCUCUUUUGUAAAGGGAUUCAUUGAUGUUAUCACACCAGAUUAUGGCUAAAUGUGAAUUCAUUCCUCUUGGUAAUUGAGAUCAUUUGUAUUCACAGUAAAAAGUCUGACAGUACCCCAUUGACGUGUGGGUGUAAAUUAACUCAUUCAUUGCCAGAUGGCACAGUUGAGUUGUCCUGCAAAGCAUUACAACCUUCUGGCUUAGAGAUGCUGACACUGUUAAACAAGGCAGUAUUUCAGUGAUUAUUUCAACAUGCACAUAAAAGAUUCAAAUAUAUUUUAUAUGGAGUUUUAACUAUUUAUUUACCUUUUUGUUUUCAUAAUGUCAGGUGUUCCUCAGAAAUAAAAUAACUUUUAUGCUUUG